UAAAAAAGAUAAUUGAAUGACAAAUAAAAGUCGAUUACAUUUAAUGAAUGUCUGCUUUUUAUAUAUUAUAAGCUAAUACAAGAAGUUGUCCAUCAAUUGUCUCAUUGAAAGCAGUGGGCGUUUAGGCAAACCAUAAGCAAAGUCACAGUCACAGCCAACCAAACCAUUCACUGCUAACAUAAAAAACCUGAUAUUAUUUAAUCAAAUUUAUUAUACAUUUAUAUUAUUUGAUAUUAUUUCAAAUUAAUGGCUUAACUGGCAUUGGAAACGGCUUAUGGAUUGCAAUAUUUGGACACUACUCUCAUCAUUAACAGACAGUUUAAUUCCUAACAUAAGAUAUUUUUCCACAAUAUUUGUGUUCAUUUGAUAUCGAAAUUUAGUAUUCAACGGAUAUUAAUAAUAUCAUUGAAGAUAUCACCUGAUUAUUGAACUCAAAAUUAUCUAUACAUUAAACUCUGGAUUAUUUUGCCAAUUGAUAGACACCAUUAAAUUAUAUAUAUAUUUAUUGAAAACACAACAAAAAAAAAUCUGGUAAUCGAUGCCAUCAUUGCUUUACUUUAUUAAAGCCCUAUUGAGGCGAAAACACAUCGAACAGAACUCUCUGACCCAAACCAGACUCGAUCGAUGUCUUUCCACACUUGAUCUGACGGCUCUCGGCAUCGGCAGUACACUAGGACUUGGCAUAUAUGUAUUGGCCGGUGAGGUGGCCUCGAGAACUGCCGGACCCGCAGUUACUCUAAGUUUCUUUGUUGCUGCUGUCGCUUCAGUAUUUGCCGGACUAUGUUAUGCAGAAUUUGGAGCCCGAGUACCGAAAGCCGGGUCGGCCUAUGUCUACUCAUAUGUUACCGUUGGAGAGUUAAUGGCAUUUAUUAUUGGCUGGAAUCUAGUUCUUGAAUAUGUUAUCGGUACGGCAUCAGUUGCCCGAGGAUAUAGUCUUUACAUCGACGCACUGGUCAAUGGAACCAUUCAAAAGCAUUUCAGAGAAUGGAUGCCAAUGGAUGUCAACGGAUUGUCUGCAUAUCCAGAUUUUCUUGCGUUUGGUAUAACUUUACUUUUGACAGUGAUGCUUUCGGUCGGUGUCAAAGAGUCGACUCGUUUUAAUUCAAUUUUUACAUUCUUGAACCUAUUGGUCGUACUGUUCAUUGUCAUCGCCGGCUCUUUUAAGGCAAGCGUAAGCAAUUGGACAAUUCCCGAGAAAGACAUACCAGAAGGAUAUAACGGAGGCUCCGGUGGUUUUCUACCGUUUGGCUUCUCAGGCAUGAUGGCCGGUGCCGCCACAUGUUUCUAUGGUUUUAUCGGUUUUGAUGUGAUCGCCACCACUGGAGAGGAGGCACGAAACCCGCAGCGAUCAAUUCCAAUAGGAAUUGUGAUAUCACUUUUGUUUGUCUUUUUGGCCUAUUUUGGUGUGUCCGCAGUCCAGACCCUAAUGAUGCCAUAUUACUUGCAAACUGAAGAUCUUACCGCUGGAGCACCGCUUCCUUAUGUAUUUGAACAUGCUGGAUGGCCAGUGGCCAAAUGGAUUAUAUCGAUUGGUGCAUUGACCGGACUGUCCACUAGUUUACUCGGAGCUAUGUUUCCAUUGCCGCGAGUUCUCUAUUCAAUGGCCAGCGAUGGUGUUAUCUUCAGAUGGUUGGCUACAGUUCAUCCAAAAUUUAAGACUCCACUUCUCGCAACUUUCCUAUCGGGUCUAUUGGCCGGUGGAAUGGCUGCUAUGUUUGAUGUCAAAGAGUUGGCUGAUAUGAUGUCCAUUGGAACAUUAUUAGCUUAUACAUUGGUCGCCAUAUCUGUACUUAUAUUGAGAUAUAGAUAUAAUGCAAAUAAAAUCGGUUUGUCUGAUUCAGACGAUAUGGCCGGUGAUGUUCAUGAGGUAACACCACUUAAAGACAGUGUUGAUAACGAGUACAAAGAGGAUCGAUUACAGCCGUUCCCAACAUCGCCCGGUUCUGAUAAUUCAGUAAACACUAACCAAUUUGUCGGCAGUUCUAACGAUUCCAACGACAACAGAGUUUUCAGUUAUAAAGACAUAUUGCGACAGACCUUUAAUGUCGAUCGACUAACAUCUCCGACACCACUCUCAUCCUUGACUUCAGUUAUACUUAUUAUCAGUUCGUGUAUUGUUUUAAUUAUAUUGGAUUCUCUAUUGGUUGCACUGGAAGACCGUUUAGCCGACAGAGAGACAACAGCUAUAGUUGUUGUUUCCGUUAUGUUUGCAUUACUGAUCGUCAACAUCGCAGCCUUAGGCACUCAGCCAUCGUCGGCCAAAAGGAUAUCAUUUCAGGUCCCAUUAGUUCCAUGGAUUCCUUUCUUGAGUGUGUUUGUAAACUUUUAUUUGAUGCUCAAAUUGUCACGGAUGACCUGGAUCAGAUUUGCUGUUUGGAUGUUUAUUGGGUUUAUAAUAUACUUUUCUUAUGGUAUAAAUGAAAGCACCGGCUAUUUAUCAGACGAGGAACGGCAACGUAGAGAAGCCAAUGAUGGAGAAGCUAUCGAUGAAAAUGCUAUUAUUGUCACUGAAGACAAUCAGACAAUCAAUUCAAACGAAGAUGAAAUUGAACCUCUUUUGACAUGACUUUGAAAUAUUUUAGUAGUUAUUUCUAAUUAACGCGCUGACAACAAACGUGUGCCAUCGGCACAAAUCGAUGUUUUCCUUUGGUGACAAAACAGUGCCAUCGGCACAGAGCCAAUUGACCA